GAGAAUGAGAGAAUAUACUUAUACGUAGUCUACGUCAUUGCACACGAAGGCCAAGUGCCUAUCCCUUUUAUUUUUUUCUUUACAAUCAUCAGGCUUUUAUUUUAUCAUAAGCUACAUAAUGAAAGUUAAUUUUCUUUUAACUUCCUGUGUCAUAACCACUAUUGUGUUAGAAAAGCUAAAAUACUACGUCACUACUUUAAGGUCAUUUGGCUGCUAUUGCUUCCUCUUCGCUUUCUUUCUUAUCUUCUCCCACCUUUGGCUGCAAUAAGCUGGCAUUAAUUGCUAAAUUAGCUUCAUAAACCAAUAAUUUAACAUGCUAAUUAAUUAAUUACCCUCCAAUCUUCUUGAACCCUCAGAUUCUCUUUAUCUAUUUUUAUUUUUAUAUUUUUUUAAUUUUGGGUGGCCGAUCCGAGUCCAAUCUGGGGUACGCCACCCACGGGUUAGUCCCCGGAUCUUUCUCCUCACUGCUAUCCCAAAAUUCCUGUGUUUGAGAGAAUACCCAACAAGAGACGGAGCAACGGAUGAUUGAAAGCUAGAAGAGACCGGUGGAUUCCAAGGGCUGCCUGGUUGCUGUGAGAUGAAGAAGACGCUCAGUGGCUGUGGAGUGAGAGGACCUAGGAGGCCGAAAGCUGGGGUUUCCCGUGAGCGGCGAACUGCUGUGAUGGAAAAUGACCGGUAGGGAAUGCACGGCUGUCGGUUGCCCAAAACUUUCAGAUCUGGAAAUGGUCUGCUUCCUCUUUUGUGGUGAUGAUCGGUGAUGAAUCGGAGAAAACGGUGGAGAAAUUGAAGAUAUAGGUAAUGGGAAAGUCUACUGUAAGGUGGAGAAGAGAUAUACAGUUGCUGGAGAUGGAAAUCGAAAUAGAGGUGAUAGUGGUUG